GGGACGGUCAUUCAGCGCGAGUGUCUAUAGUAGUAAUGCCACUCCACAGAUGUUGGGGCUGCCUGCUCGCUUCUUGUCACUGCUGAGAGCGAUCGGGCGAGCGCUGUGCAUGCUGAAUCCUGACACUUCUCCAAAAAACUAAGACGCUUUCAUUUGUCCCCACUAACAGCCGAGGAUUUGCACGGUCGAUCGGUGGGAUUUUAUGAAACUGGACGUGUGAUUUUUCUUCCUCUUCUUUCGGAUUAGUGUUCCUUACUUAGGAAAUGGCAAAGUGUGUACCUGGGAGAAGAUCGGGAGUGGGGAAAUGAGAUUGGAAACCGCAGUUGAAUGACACGGGGAUGCGAGCGACCUGAAGAGCUUUAAGACGCAUUUCUGCAACGUCGAGGCAUUUCGCUUGUUGCUUUUGCUCCAGACGAACGGGAUUAAUCCUUGAGGAGAGUCGCUUUCUCGUUUUCUUUUAUUUUCCUUUCGACACAAGGAUGUCUUGUGGAUUCCUGAUUGUCAUUUUGUUGAAAACAUUCAUUGCUCUAGUUCUUGGCGAUACAUGCGGGGGAAACAUCCAAAUAACCAAUGCAAGUUAUCUUACUUCACCUGGCUACCCGACCUCAUAUGGACCAUCUCAGAAAUGCGAAUGGGUGAUCCAAGCUCCAGAGCCGUACCAGAAGAUCUUAAUCAAUUUUAACCCUCAUUUUGAUCUCGAAGAUAGAGAUUGCAAGUAUGACUACGUGGAGGUGCGGGACGGCCUGGACGAGAACGCCAAGACGGGCAAGUUCUGCGGCAAGAUCGCUCCCACCCCCAUGAUCUCGUCCGGGAACCAGCUCAUCAUCAAGUUCGUGUCCGACUACGAGACGCACGGGGCUGGAUUCUCCAUCCGCUACGAAGUCUACAAAACGGGACCAGAAUGUUCCAGGAACAUCACCUCCACCAAUGGAGUCAUCACGUCCCCUGGGUUCCCCGAGAAGUAUCCCCACAACCUGGACUGCACCUUCAUGGUCUUCGCCCCAGACAUGUCUGAGAUCACCCUGGACUUUGAGAAGUUCGACAUCGAGCUGGGGAAUGCACCGCACUGCCAGUACGACCGCCUGGAGAUCUGGGAUGGUUUCCCUCAAGUGGGCCAGCACAUCGGCCGCUACUGCGGACAGGACUCCCCGGGCCGGAUUGUGUCCUACACCGGUAUCCUCUCCAUGACGCUCAACACGGACAACGCCGUUGCCAAGGAGGGCUUCUCAGCCAACUUCAGCGUGAUCAAGAGAACGGUUCCUGAAGACUAUGUGUGCAAGGAGCCGCUGGGGAUGGAGUCGGGCGAGAUCACAGGCAGGCAGAUCAAAGCCUCCUCCCAGUACAACAGCAACUGGUCCGCUGGCCGCUCGCGCCUCAACUACCAUGAGAACGGCUGGACCCCGGCGCAAGACUCCAACAGGGAGUGGAUACAGGUUGACCUGGGGUUUCUUCGCCUGGUCACAGCUAUCGGUCUGCAAGGAGCCAUUUCCAAGGAGACCAAGCGAGAUUACUAUGUCAAGUCUUACAAACUGGACCUGAGUUCCAAUGGCGAGGACUGGGUCCCUCUGAGAGAGAACUCUAAGCCCAAGGUGUUCACUGGUAACUCCAACCCCACCGACGUGGUGAAGGCGACACUGCCCAAACCCACGCUCACCCGUUUCAUUCGCAUCCGGCCCGUCUCCUGGGAGCAGGGCGUCUCCAUACGCUUCGAGGUGUACGGCUGCAAACUCUCAGAAUACCCAUGCUUCAAUAUGCUCGGCAUGGUGUCCGGCGCCAUCUCUGAGUCCCAGAUCACGGUCUCCUCGCAAGUGGACCGCAGCUGGGUGCCUGAAAACGCCCGCCUGCUGACAGGCCGCUCGGGCUGGACCGUGCCGGAGACCCAGAACCUGAAGAAUGAGUGGCUACAGGUGGACCUGGGUCAGGAGCGACUGGUGAAUGGCCUCAUCAUCCAGGGGGGCAAGUUGCGUGAGCAUAGGGUCUUCAUGCGCAAGUUCCGCCUGGCCUACAGCAGCACCGGCUCCAACUGGACCCUGGUGUGGGAUAACGACACCAACAAGCCCAAGAUUUUCGAGGGGAACCAGAACUACGACACGCCGGAGUUGCGGAUGCUGGAUCCGCUGGUGACGCGCUUCCUGAGGGUGUACCCUGAGAGAGGCGGCAACAUCGGCUUGGGACUGAGGCUGGAGCUGCUUGGCUGCAACCUGCAAGAGCCCGCCAUUCCCUCGGUUGCCCCCAGCAUGCCACUCCCGGACGAGUGUGAUGUCGACUCGGGUAGCUGCCACAGCAGUACUGUAGACAGUGACGAGGGCCCAGGUGCCACGACCCCGGGGGGAGUCACUCAGGAGAUGUAUGCGGAGGCAGGUGAGCCAGGCCUUGCUCCCGCCCGGGGCAGAUGGCGAACGUCAGGCUCCGUCAGCCAAUGACAGCGGAGCCCCGCCGGGCGGAAAAUUGCGUUUUCAUUGCCAUAGAAAUAGCUCUGCAUGACUGAGAGCAGUGCCCCCUCCCCCUCCAAAACCGGGUGGCGUGCUGAUCAGCGUACGGAUUUGCUGGGAUGACAAAACCUCAGAGCUGCCCUCAAGCCUCGAGACCAGCUUAGCGAGAGUCUGCCUCUGCCUUAUUUUCUCCACCUCUACUGCCCCCCACCACCUCACAGCCAUCGCACAUUCGUUCCUCUAAAACUUUCAAUUAAUUCUCACAAAUGACUCCUUGUACAUUAUACCUAAAUGCUGAUUGUUCUUCAUCAGCUGUAUGGACCACAGCAGGUCUGCCUUGAAGACGUUACUGCCUUCCUUGAAAUAUCAAAGCCUCCCCCUCCUCGUGUUUCUCUUCCUCGUGUUUUUUUAAUAUGAUGCUUCCAGGAAUAUUCUCAUUGACUAGGGAAAGCUCUCUGCUGCCCUCUAGUGAUUAUCACUCUGCAGGCUCCUCCAGUCACAACCAUAUAAGGGCAACAUUGACUGCGAGAUGUAUUUUUAGCCUGUGUUUCCACAUUAAAAAAAACACACACAGAGGUGUGUUGACUGCUAGGGGGAUUUUGUGCUCACCUGUGUACUGCUGUUGAGCAUUGUCAAGAAAUGUGCCCACUUUUAUGCCAUGUAAUUGGAAUCCAUAUAAUUGCAAUUAAACUGGGAAUAGAUGUGUUUGUUAAACAACUGAAUGAGCGGUUAAAAUAAUGUUAAAUAGAGCAUUGUGACAAGUGAGUUGCUGAGCUAACCCAAGAGAAUGGCUCUAAAGCUAACCUAGAAGUAAUGCACUAAAGCUAAGCCAAACGCAGAGUACUAAAGCUAACUCAUAAGCAGAGCACUAAGCUAACUCAGAAAUAAAGCACUAAACUGAGAAACAACUGCUAAAGCCAACUGAGAUGCAGGGCACUAAAGCUAACCAAGAAGCAAGGUGCUCAAGCUAACUCAGAUGCCGGGCGCUAAAGCUAACCAAGGGGGAAGGUGCUCAAGCUAACUCAGAUGCCGGGCGCUAAAGCUAACCAAGGGGGAAGGUGCUAAAGCCAACUCAGAUGCAGGGCACUAAAGCUAACCAAGGGGGAAGGUGCUAAAGCCAACUCAGAUGCAGGGCACUAAAGCUAACCAAGAAGCAAGGUGCUCAAGCUAACUCAGAUGCCGGGCGCUAAAGCUAACCAAGGGGGUAGGUGCUCAAGCUAACUCAGAUGCCGGGCGCUAAAGCUAACCAAGGGGGUAGGUGCUCAAGCUAACUCAGAUGCCGGGCACUAAAGCUAACCAAGAAGCAAGGUGCUCAAGCUAACUCAGAUGCCGGGCACUAAAGCUAACCAAGAAGCAAGGUGCUCAAGCUAACUCAGAUGCCGGGCGCUAAAGCUAACCAAGGGGGUAGGUGCUCAAGCUAACUCAGAUGCCGGGCGCUAAAGCUAACCAAGGGGGUAGGUGCUCAAGCUAACUCAGAUGCCGGGCGCUAAAGCUAACCAAGGGGGAAGGUGCUAAAGUUAAGUCAGAUGCAGUGCGCUAAAGCUAACCAAGGUGCAAGGUGAUAACGCUAAGUCAGGUGCAGGGUGCUAAAGCUAACCAAGAAGCAAGAUGCUAAAGUUAUGGAGAAUCAGUGCAUUAAAGGUAACCCAAUGGCAGUGCGGCAAAAUUGACCCAUCUCA